AUGAACCUAUUUGAUGAUUUUUUCGAAGAAUAUCAAGACAACGACAAUGACAAUGCUAUCCCUGUUCGUGUACCUAAACGUUACAUCCGCGACGGACAAGAUCCUUUUGAGUAUUACCACGAGGAACAGUUUCAAAUGCGUUUUUAUUUCAGUAACCGUGUUGUGCGAAACACGUUGUUGCCAUUGAUCAGGCAUUCGUUAGAAAAAAUAAAUAAUAGAGGUUUACCAGUACCUUCCGUUUUACAACUGCUUCUAACUUUGCGAUUCUAUGCUACUGGAAAUUUUCAGAUGGUGGAUGGUGAUUUGCGAGGAAUUAGUCAAGUCACCACUUCGUUAACAAUUAAAAGAGUAUCUAUAGCGAUCGCAGAACAUUUGCAAGAAUUUAUCCACUUUCCGAAUACACCUAACGGUCAAAGAGCAAAUAUAAUGGCUUUUCAUAAUAUUAGAGGAUUUCCUUCUGUAGCUGGAUGUGUCGAUGGUACUGAUAUACCAAUAAAAAAUCCAGGGGGGAAUAAUGCCGAAGUUUUUAGAAACAGAAAAGGUCAAUUUUCUUUGAACGUGCAGGUUAUAGCAGGACCAAAGUUAGAAAUUUUAAAUAUUGUUGUGCCUCAUCCUGGAUCGACACAUGACAGUGUUAUUUUUAACCGCAGUUCUGCUAGAAUUGAAUUUGAACAACGCCAAGUGCUUGGUCUGCUUUUGGGUGAUAGCGCUUAUGCUUGUCGUCCAUAUUUAUUGACACCCCUUCUUAACAUAGAAAAUAACCAAGAAAGGCGAUAUAAUCAGUCUCAUAAAACGACAAGAAAUGUCGUAGAAAGAUGUUUUGGAAGAUGGAAAAGACGAUUUCCUUGUCUUUCUAGAACGUUAAGAAACAAGCUAGAAACCUCACAAAUUAUUAUAUGUGCGACUGCUGUGUUGCAUAAUAUUGGAAUAUUUUUAAAUGAUGAUAUUCCGUUCGAUGAAGAUAUUCCACCCGAACCUCAAGAAGAUAUUGUCGUAAGACAAAAUCAUUUCUUAGGUUUAGAAUUUAGAAGAUAUUUUAUUCGACAACAUUUUUAA